AUGUCUUUGCUCUCUCGCAACCUCUUCGGCCAGGCAAGGUCAAGUUUUUCUCGACAGGCCGCCUCAACAUCGGCAUGGGGCAUCCGACACGAAUCGUCUUCCGCUGCCGCCAAAGCAACUGUCGCCUCUAGCUCUGCAUCUAGCGGGUCGGCGCCACCGACACACUACCGCAUCACGCUACGUCGAUCGGGUAUUGGCAUGCCCGAAAAGAUCAACCGCACGCUUCAAGGACUUGGCCUCAAGAAGCGUCUUCAGUCGGUCUACCGCCCCAUUGGUGCCGAUAUGGCGGGUGCCAUCCUCGCGGUCAAAGAGCUGGUGCACGUCGAAAACGUGCGCCGACUUCAAGAGACGGACCAGAUGCUGCUGAGCGACGAGGAGGCCGUGUGGGUCAACGAGGCCGGCGAGAUUGUCGACCCUGGCAAAGCCGCCAAGAAGGCGCCUCGCGGGUACAAGAUCGUGGGUAACGUGGUGAGCGAGCUGCGCGACCAGGAGAUCAAGAGCGGAUCUUCCUCUGCGUAG